AUGGAUUCAUUUGUACAAUGUCAUUAUUGCAAAAAGAAUUUAACUAAUCCAGUAGAAUUGGUUUGUCGACAUGCGUUCUGUUCUGAUUGUUUGGCGAAAGAAAUUCAAAAUGAUAAAAUCGUUUGUCCAAUAUGUGGUACUGUACAUAAUGCAUUAGCUGCAUCACUUUCAUCAGCUCCACAGGACAAACUAGCACCAUAUCUCAUCGGCUUAAACAGUGGUGCUCCAUAUUCUGUUAUUACUGAAGAUUCACCGCCAACAAUUAUAGCUGCAUGUCAUGAAUGCCGAAAUACAACUGAUUUACGUCCAUGUUUUCAUUGUGAAAAUCCUUUAUGUGUUGGUUGUCGAACAAAACAUUUUGAAUCACAAAAAAAAGAAGUUGAUAAAUCACUUGCUAGUUUAAUGGUUAAAACUAAUGAACUUCUUAUUUUAGCUCCCUUAAAUGCUAGUCGAAUGGGACGUAUUCAAGAAUAUAAAACAAUGAAAGAACAAGUAUCUACACAUGUAAAAGAUCUAAUCAAAAAAUUGAAUGAUGAAGAACAAGUUAUUCAAAAAAAACUUGAUGCAACAAUUCAAUCAGAAAAUGAAAAAAUUACUGUUACGGAACGAGAAGAACAAUAUCUUGAGAAAAAUAAAGAAGCCUUAGAUCAAGUUAUGGAAAAAUAUCGAAAUGAAACAAAUCAAAUGGUUUUGAUUAAAAUGCAUAAAGAUUAUUUAGAUGCAGCAUCAUUUUGGAAAGAAAAAUUACAAUCUCAUGCAAUUCGAAUUAAUACAAAAAAAGAAGAAGAACUAUAUUUUCAACCGAUCCCACUUGGAAGUAAUGAUGGUCUUGUUGGAAAACUGACAGCUUCAAAAAAUGUUAAUGUUCAUGCGCCAUCAAAUGAAAAACAUAUGACUGCACUUAUGAAUCCAAGAGGAAGUCGUUCAUGCAGUAUAAUGUAA